CGCCGGUGGGGGGACCCGGGUCGAGCCCGGGCGCUCUGUUAGCCAGAGGCAGGCGGAGGAGACCGGGUCGGCCGGGGCGAGCCGCCGAGGAGUAGCGGAGCCCGCCCUGCACACCCAGGAGAGAAGUGGGAGGGAGGCAGAGUUACGUGAGGCAGCGCGGAGUGAGUGAGCUUGGGUCCGACUCGAGGUCGGGCUCAGGACCGAGGCUGGUGGGCCAGGCCCCCGAGCCAGCGUUACACCGGCUCCGAGGAGCACUGAGCGGACACAGAGGGACGGACCGAGCGAGGACACAUGGCCUCGCCAUUCCUGCCCGCGGGGGCCACCACGGGCGACAGCGGCGGAGAGCUGAGCUCGGGGGACGACUCCGGUGAUGUGGAAUCCCUCCAGAGCCCCGAGACCGAGGCGUCCGGGAGCCUGACCGAGCUCUUUGAGAAGGCUGCAGCGCACCUCCAAGGCCUGGUUCAAGUGGCCAGCAGGGAGCAGCUCUUGUACCUGUAUGCCAGGUACAAGCAGGUCAAAGUUGGAAAUUGUAAUACUCCUAAACCAAGCUUCUUUGAUUUUGAAGGAAAGCAAAAAUGGGAAGCAUGGAAAGCACUUGGUGAUUCAAGCCCCAAUCAAGCAAUGCAGGAGUAUAUCGCAGUAGUUAAGAAAUUAGAUCCAGGUUGGAAUCCUCAGAUGAGUUUGCUGUUCCUGCUGUCCUUCUGGUAUUUCCAGAGUUUCCAGAAUUCCAAGUCACCAGAGAAGAAAGGAAAAGAAGCAAAUACUGGUUUUGGUGGGCCUGUUGUUAGUUCUCUGUAUCAUGAAGAAAUCAUCAGGGAAGAAGACAAAAACAUAUUUGAUUACUGCAGGGAAAACAACAUUGACCAUGUAACCAAAGUCAUCAAAUCGAAAAAUGUGGAUGUGAAUAUGAAAGAUGAAGAGGAUAAUGAAGGUCAGACAGCUCUACAUUAUGCUGCUGCCUGUGAGUUUCUGGACAUCGUGGAGCUGCUGCUGCAGUCUGGCGCCGACCCCGCUCUCCGAGACCAGGACGGCUGCCUGCCGGAGGAGGUGACAGGUUGCAAAGCCGUGUCUUCCGUGUUGCAGCAGCACACGAUGGGCAAGGCUUAAUCGAAAGACUGGAAAACCACACUCUGUAACAUCAGAGAGCGUCAACGAUGAAGGAAAACUGCAAAAAUAAUACUUCUUUUACCACCCAUCUUUGGUAUACAUUGGCUAAUAAAAGCGGUUCUGAGGAACUGGGAUUCUGAAGUCUCA